AUGGCGCGCGCGACACGUUCGUCGAACAAGAACGAGGAAAAACCAAAGGAAAACCCUCCCGAACAGCCAAAGGUCGCCGCGAAGGGCGCAGGCAAGAAGCGGAAGCGCGUCUCGGACGUUAACCCCGACGAGCAGCCCGCCUCGAAGCUGCCCAAGAACGACACGUCCAUCAAGGAGGAGGACGUCCAGGACAGCCUCCCCCUCGUCCAGCCAGGCGCAGGAGACGUCCCCCUCGACGCGCACAACGCCCAGCGCAUACUCGCCAUCCUCGAAAGGAUUGACACCCAGGGACUGCUCGACCGCGAGUUUCCUCUGCCGUCCGAGGCGCUGCUCACCGAUCCACAACCCUCGAACCUGCCUCGCACGUACUCCUUCCGCGCCCUCCUCAAGGACGCCCCUCGCCAUUCCCUCCGCGUCUUGCAUGCUGCAGUCAAACCACUCUUCCCCGUAUUCUCCCAUCCGCGUUCUCGCCCAUCCGGUCCCGCAGCACAGCAAUUGAAGUUCUGCACCCUCGCCCGCCAACUGCUCGACCAAGCGUCGCACGGCCUCAACCCAACUGUUGGCUCUCUCGAGACGCUCAUCCCGAGGCCCGAUGAUGAUGCCCCGUCAGCUUCCUCACAUGUUGCACACUCCCGGAGAUACGCUCUGAUGCAGAAGCUCCCCAACGGCGAAUGGUGGUCGUCCUUGAACUCGCCCGCAUCAGACCCGAACGAGCUCAAGGACCUCAUCACCGGCCACGCAGAGCUCGUCGCUAUUCUGCCGAGCCCGCCUGGAACACUCGAGAGCGUGCCGACGCUCGGCGAUUACACUCGCCCCAGGGCGUCAACUUCGACCCGCCCCCUACCCGGCAAGCCCCAAGCCAGCCGACGCAUCACUGCGGGUGCAUUCUUGGACUAUGGGCUCUACGCGAGCUUCGCGCCGACGUUCGACCAGGAUGGCUCCGAAGUCGGACGUGUGCAAAUGGGCGAAGUGUUGUGGGAGGAACGGAAGCGAAGACUCGCGAGGUCUCUGAACUCGAAUGGCUCCACCAGGGCCGCCGCGAUUGAAGUCCCCGCCGUCUCCGAGGAGGAUGUGGAGAUGUCCGAGCCCGAAACGGCGACCGGACCUGCCAUUGAUCCGUUGUUGGAAGGGUUGGGAGAAGUCGAGGAGAAGGACGAGCUUGAGGGCUUGACCGGGAUUCUCCCGCCGGAGGAGGUGGAGGCGGUCCGGGCUACGUUGACGGAGCUGGAAAUCGAGCGCGGCGUGGAAGAGUUGUUGGAGAGGACGUCCAAGGCGCUAUUGCGAUUGGAAGAGCUGCAAAAUGAGCGACUUGGGCGGCCCGACGGUGGCAAGAGUAUAGUGGAUUCAGACUCGGAGGAGGCUGCUGUUGCCGAGAGUAUUCACAAGUCACUCGCGCUUAUCACUUCCCUCCGACCACGUUCUCAGACCACAUCGUCGUCGCUCAUCCCCUCGCCCUCCCUUCUCCACCAGCUACACCGCACCCUACCGGUCUCCCCUGUACCCGGUUGGAGUGGGACACUGCCGUCCACUAAGAAGACCGCCCUACACGACGACGCGACGAUCUAUGUCAAACCCGGCACCGUUCUCAACGCCUCAUCUCGCAGCUCCGCAACACCAGCGACACCAGUCCCCACCACCCCCUCGACGACGUACAAAGGGACGCCCAAUUUCAGCUAUCAAUACCCUGGCUACACCCCCAACGCACAGUACCGACCAGCGCAAACGGGCCAGUUCAAUAACGCCCAGAUCGGAUCGUACCUGAACUACGCGCAACAAACGGGGCAAACGCCGUCGUAUCCCCAAUAUGCCGCAGCUGCCGCUGCCUCCUCCACGCAGGCUUCAACGCCGACGACCGCAACGAGCCAGUUCUACAAUAAUGCGAACUGGUACGGUGCAGCAACUACGGCUCAGCGCGCCGUAGCAAAUACGGUCACGCCGGCGAAAGCGUAUAGCGCAUAUGCGGGAGGCUAUACGCCGACACUUGCCAUGCGUGCUGCGGGUCCCGCCACGCCAGGUACGCCCACGGUACAGUGGAACGGGCAGGGCCAGUAG